UACCCGGGGGGAUGACAAGAAAAGGAAUGACAUGAAUGGUUUCGAAAACCAGGACAAAGUUAUAACUACCUGGCACACUGCAUUCAAGCGAUGCACCGACUUCGACUUAUGGGGACAGCCGGUUGAAGCUAUCGAUGGGUAUCACAGGCUUUCCAAACAGCUGCAGGAGUUCUCUGGAACAGACAGCCAAUUAUUCACAGAUGAACAGAAGAAAGUUCUUGGGAAGAUUUCAGUCUGUCUGAAUUUACGAUGCAAAGUAUUACAGAAUCCGGGAUCUCCGGAGGGAAUUAUGUUAGAAGAUUUAAAACGCAUCGGCUCAACUUUGAAGACUGUCCUGAGCCAAAAAUGUCAAGAUUUCCCAGUCGAUAUUACGGUAGCACAGAUCCGAACACAGUCCCUCAACAGCUCCCAAUUCGCAAAUUCUCCAGAUCUUGAUGAAGAAAAACAAGAAGGCAGAGCCAAUGGUAACCUACUUCCCAAACCUCUUCCUGUGGAGGGUAUGCCCACACUGACCAUCAGGAUUGAGAAGAUUUGUCUGAAGGACGCCCGCCAGUUUAUAGAUCCCUACAUCACUGUAUCCGUGAAAGACUCCUUGGGAUGCAAUCUGAUGGCCCCACAGGAAACCCCUGUGGCCACAAGGAAAGAAAGCCAGCAGAUCAUCUUCAAUAUGGACGUGUACAUACAGAAAUGGAUCGACAGCCUUCCCUCAGGCUUUGCCAUAUUUUUUGAGUUCAAACACUACAAGCCUAAGAAGUCCGCAACCAGUGUGAAGUGUUGGGCGUGUAUGGAGAAGGACGAAAUCAAAGAAGGAAAUGUGGCCCUGGAACUAUACAAGAAGCCAGCUGAUUACAAGAGAAAAAACAUCCGCCUCCUAACAGUUAAACCACUGUUUCUACAUAUCAAGCUUUUGUUCAAUGUGUAAUCAUUCUGUUUGGUCUAAUUAACAAAAUUUGUAUUUAAUUUCUCAAAAAGCUAUUUAUACGUCUAUGUGAUGGAACCAAUCUUAUUAGAUCUCUCAAGUGUAUUGCUUUAAAAUCUGUCAAAUAUGCCCUUUAUCCUCCAAUGUCAUGUCCAGUCUGAUUAUUAUGGCCAUUCAGAUGUCGGAUAUGACAAGUUUAUUUCACAUAUAGGGUGUGUUCCACAGGGAUCAAUUUGUUUAGUCCCGCAAGGUGUUAGAUUAGAAAGGUAAAUCUGACCUAGUUCUUGAGUCCCUCCGUAUGUCAGAUUAGACAGGUUAAUGUGACAUUUUGUUAAGUCCCACAGGGUAUCGGAUAAAACAGGUUUAUCUGACCAAUUUUUCUUAGUCCCACAGGAUGUCAGAUUAGACAGGUUUAUCUGACCAAUUUGUUGAGUCCCACAGGGUGUCAGAUUAGACAGUUAAUCUGACCAAUAUGUUGAGUCAAUUUAUAUAUCAUUAUUUAAAGGAAAACUAUUUAGUUGUACAGAUAAUAGAAGCCUUAUGUCUAGUAAGAAUAGACAAAAUAUGCUUUGAUGUCAUGAUGUUGAGUCUGGGAAAUAUCUUGCAUAGUCAUACAACAUAUUUUCAAAUCUCUGUUUCUGCAAACAAAUUUCAUGGUGAUCACUCCUCAUGGUAACCAGUCCACAUGGUAACUGGUCUUCAUGGUAACCAGUCCACAUGGUAACCAGUCUGCAUGGUAACCAGUCCACAUGGUAACUGGUCCUCAUGGUAACCAGUCCACAUGGUAACCAGUCAUUAUGGUAACUGGCCAGCAUUCUGAUCAAUCCCAAUGGUAACCAGUCCACAUGGUAACCAGUCCUCAUAGUAAUCAGUCCACAUGGUAACCAGUCUUCAUGGUAACCAGUCCUCAUGGUAACCAGUCCUCAUAGUAAUCAGUCCACAUGGUAACCAGUCUUCAUGGUAACCAGUCCUCAUGGUAACCAGUCCACAUGGUAACAUACCUUAUGGUAACCAGUCCUCACGGUAACUGGUCCGCAUGGUGACCAAUCCUCAACCGUCUGCAGAGACAGAAUUACUGUAAAUUGUUAUAUUUUCUUACCAGUUUUAUUAUCAAUUUUUAAACCAGAGGAAAACUUCAAUACAAUGUGUCAUAAUUUUUUUUUAAACCUGACAUAAACAACAGACAAGGGAAGAGUUGAUAGCAAGCUGUUUGUUUUAAUGGACAAGAAGUUGAAGAUUUAAUUGGAUGAUGAUAUAACAAUAUACAGUUCUAUACUACCUGUAAUAUUUUAUUGCCAAAAGAAUAUACAUAUAUAUAUAUAUAUACUGCCAUGUAGUUAGGAAUGUUGUAUAAUAAUAAAAUUUUAUUUUGUUUUAUGUUGGUCUAGUAGUGAUGUUAUUUGGAAGAUGAGAUCUUUGUUUUCAUUGUUAACUGUUGUUGUAGAUUUUCUGUUUUUGAUUUGGUUGUGAUUUAAUGAAGUUUUUAAAACACAUAAUGAUGGCAUCAAUAUUCCUGGUUUUAUUUUAGUCAUUAUUUUGUCACUGCAAAUUUUGAUUUAAUUUGCAGGUAUUGCGGCAAUUCCAGCAUAUUUUAAAGUUAUCUACAUUUUGUAUGAUAAUUUCCCUGUUUUACAUAUUUUCCUGCAGAAAGUAUUCUUGGACAGCUUUCUGUAGUAUAAAAUUGUUGAGGGCAUGGGUACAAUUGAUUUUGUUGUUGAAACGACACACAUUCCAGGUAGAACAAGAAAAUGUCCUAUAUAUUUGUUACCUGCAUUGAAGAUAUAAAUUAGGCAUUGAUGUCAAUUCUUUUUAGUUUCAUUGUGGUAUGAAAAAAAAAACUGGUUUGCAAACUGUAUGAGUCCCUAUAACUAUUGACAUCAACAUUUAUGAUUAAUUUUUUAAAUUGAUUUUUAAAAUUAAAACAUGUUUUAUGUACAGUUUAACUGAUCUUAUAAGGGAUUCUCUUUAACAAAUCAAUACGUAACGUCAAUGGCCGUAUAGUGACGUCACAUUUUUCGCGCCAUUUUCAGAUAUUUUUCUUUGCAUAGAGGUAUGAAAAUAUUCUCAACCAAUCAGAAAGCUGCAUUCUGUGUACAAACAAUGGAAAAUUAAUUAUGAUAUGAACGAAUUUUCUCAGAAUUGAUAAUUAUUUUUUUGGCUGAUUAAAAGAAAAUAUGAGUAUACGUACAAUUUAUAUUGUAUAAGCAGUGUAUGAAAAUAAAAUGAAGCUUACAUAUGUAGGAGAAUUAUAAACAGUUUUAAACUCGGAGAAUAACCACUCAAUAACAGUCUUGUUCUGUUUGGUCAAUUUUGUCAACUAUCAUAAUUUUGUAAUUUUGUACAUUUCUACUUGUGUGUUUUUACAUUUGAUUUACAUCCUGUUAGAUCAGACAAACAGUUCUGUGAAAAGAUAAUUGUAUUACAGGUAGUUUUUCAGACUUGUUAUUUUGUACUUUGUAUUUUGUAAAGGUAUAAACUUUUUAAUUGCUUAAAAGUCAAUCUGUCCAAUGAAUUUGCGGCUAAUUUUUGGCCUGUAAUUUUUUUCACAAAAAUAUUUAGUGCCUUUACUACCGUGCCUUUUCAAAUUUUGUUUCACACAAAAUUUUGUUCAGAUGAAUUUUCUUUGAAAAUCAAAAACCCUCCAGUGCCUUUUUAUAAUUCUUUGAAUUUCAUGUAAUUUAUAAUACACUUUAAAUUGUAUGUACAAAAAGUUUACCAUUAAAAUUUUAACUUUUUAUUUUUUAGAAUUUAUCUUAUAUUUACUAUUUUUAUGAAAACUAUUCCUUUAUCUAUAGGUAUUGUUUAUAUUUUAAGAUUAAUAAUGAGAAUUUGAUUUUUCAAUUUAAUUUUAUAAUAGAAUAUUCAUGGUGAGAAAUCAAUUUCUUUUCAAUUUGAUUUUAUAUUUCAAAAAUAAUGUUGAGAAUUUGAUUUCUUUUCAAUUUAAUCUUGAUUUUAAAAUUCAUGUUGAGAAUUUGAUUUCUUUUCAAUUUAAUUUCUUUUUCCUGGUGUCAUUAUAUUGAUUCCUCUGAAUAAUUUGAAGAAUCAAUUCUACCGCUGCCAUUACAAUUACAAUUCUUAAUUGAAUUAUUACAAUUACAAUUCUUAAUUGAAUUAUUUCUUCAUAAUUUUUUCAACAAGUUGAAUUUUGUGGAAUUAAUUGAUACUAUAAAAUCUGUAUAAAAUCAAAAUUACUAUCUAAUGAAUUAAAUAUAAAGUAAAAUUGAUUUGAUUUGAAUUUUUUCGGUUUUUAUAGUGUACACUGUACAUGUAAUGAUUUUUUAAACCAAUGUCAGAUUAUCAUUUUGAAUUAAAUUUAUUAAAGGGAGGUAAUAAAAUUGUCUCCCAUUAAUCAGGUAUCAUUUAAAUAGUUUGUAUCACAUUGCUCAAUUUUACGUUUAAAAGUAUUUUGUGAAAACUGCUGAGGAAUAAAUAUAAAGUUAUGUUAUUUUUACACAUAUACAUGUAUUAUGUAAAGGCCCUGUGUUUAAAAUGUAUAUUUAAUACUGUUAACAAAACAUAUAUAUAUAUUAUGUUAUUUUAAUUAACACACAAUUAAUGCCUUAUUCUACACACCAGAAACGUCUUUUUUUAACCUAAAACUUUCUGAAUAUCUAAUGAUUGAUCCCUUUAGGACUCGCACAAUUAAAUCAGCCAAUCAGCUGGUGUUUCAUGUGAACCAGUCCCUGAGGAAAAUGAGUUUCUUUAGGUUUGUAGCUAUUUCCUGAGUAAAUAACAUAUGAAAUGGGUACUUUCUAUAUAUGAGAAUAAAGAGCAGGUUCUUAGAAAAUCAAAAAUAAACACUCCUACUGAAGAUAGAAUGAUGUAAGGUUCCAGGUGUAAAAAGCCGGGAAUUCCCCAGGUGGGUUCCCGAGUGCACUCUAAAUGUCAGGGUUACUGUCUUCCGAGUACCCGUGUGCUCUUAUAUGCCAUUAAACAUAUACAAUAACACAUUUAUCCGAUAGAAAAAACUUCAAACUUUAAUUUGAUAUAAAUUUCACAUCAUUUGAACUUUAAACGAGCGAAUGAAGGGAUGGAGUCACUAGUAAUAACAUAUAGUAACAUAUUUAGUUGUGUGAGCCCUUAAUUAGUAAAACAGGAUUCACUUAUACCAGUAUCCAGCUAAUCAGAUAUUCUAUAGUAAAACCAUUAAGAAACUUCAUGGCUUCACCAGAUGGUCCAUUAUUUCAAUCAGGAUUUACAAGGUAUUCCUUGGGCAUGCAGUCUUCAAAAUUGUGAAAUCCCUAACCCUCUCUCACAGGGACUUGGCGUGAGUUCCUAACCUCACAGCAUAUGUAUUUGUAUUACAUAUUAUAUAUAAAGACUUGGGUUGGGAUUUGAUGUCAGGCCCCUGUACCCUCUCUUGUUGAAGUAUAAGUAGUAUACAUUCCAACUUUUAUAUUGUUAGUCCCUACUGUAUAUCUAUAUACAUACAGUGUAUAUACAAUCCACGCUCACAUUGUUAAUAUCUUCACAUGUUGUAAUUAUGCUUUUAAAGAUAUACUUUAUAUUAAUGGUGAUUUUGUUUCAUUUAAGAGAAAGUAUUUAGAUUUUUUUUUUAAUUUUAAUUUCUGGGAAAUAUUUUCAUAUUUGAAAGGGAAAGAAAAUGAAAAAAAUAAUUUGUCAGAAUAUAUGGAGUAUUGUUUUCAAAAUCUGAAGGUUGUAAUAAAUUUCUAGUGAGAAGAUGGUAUGUGAGCAGAACCCAUUGACUUUUGGGGAUUAUCCAAGCUGUUAAAACAAAUUUAGAUUUUGAAAUGAUUGGAUGUCAGUAAUAUAUUGUUCUAGAAAUCAUGUAUCUUUUUAAAGAAAAGGGUAGUUGCUUAUAGUUAACUGUACAAAUUUGUGUUAACUUGUUUGUUCAAGAAUUGAUCAUAUACAAGACUUUUGGCUAAAGUUCAAAAUAUCUAGCUUUGUCGAAGUCUUAAACUUCAAGAAAUAAUAUGUCAAAUUCACAACAUAAAAGAAGUUUUGGACCUGUUAAAGUUACAGAUAAAUUUUGAAAUUCAUAGAAAUAGCUUGUUUCAGUAUCUUUUCAGUUCUGGUUACAGAUAGAUACCUACAUUUACCUUUGUGAGGUAUUUCAUCUAUAGGUCUCAAUCCACUUUUGUUAAGUAUAGGAUAUUCUAUAUUUGUUGAAUACAGUCAAAUAGUUUUAAGGUAUUGUAUUUGAAAUCUAUGUAUACAUAGUCAAAUGUUUUAUUUUAAUCUUGAGGGAAAACUAAGUUUUUUUAUGUAAAGUGAAAUUAUGUGAGUUCAGAUGCUAAAUAUAUAUGCCUUAAUAUCUUCCAUGUGGACCAGAUUUAUACACCGCUGUUAUUUUACAUAUGUCCAUGUUGUAUCAUAUAUAAUGACUAAAAAAUAAAUAAGUGUAUCAUUA